GUGAGCGCUCCCUCCGUGGUGCGUUUUAAAGUGAUGAUGAGCUCCCCGCGGAGCGCACAGCCACCCCUCACCGCGGGAGAAGACAGGAAACGUAAGCCUCGCAUCCAGAGAGGGGCUGCAGAAGGAGGCAGAUCGGAUUGAGAAACUUCCAGGACAUUUUCCAGGGAACGUGAGUUAUUUAGGCUUUCGUGUUUUUCUUUUAAAUUUGGGUGCUUAGCAGUUUCAGAUUAUCAAAGAAAAUUUUUUUUUACUUCAGACAAGAUAACUAACAUAAGUACAAAAUGUAAUUUUUCAACUUUUUAACUCGUUUUUCCUAAACAAUCGUCACAUGCUGUUGGCGUUUCUGUCCAGUAGAGGGCAGAGCAGACACACAGCAGACAUACGGAAACUCAUGCAAAAUGAAGGAAAGUCAGUUUUACACAAACUAAACCAACACCAUCAAGUUGUGUUAAGACCAUUUUAGGAGUUUUGGUCAAUUCUAAGUUCGAUUUCAAAGCAAAAUAGUGGCUAUAAUCAGGGGGUGAUCACUUUCCAAUAAUAUCAACCUGUAAUAGUAUUAAAGGACAAUUUUUGUAAUAAGGGAGGAGGCCUGGAAAUAGUUUAUCUAUAUUUUCUGAGACGAGUGGUUCACGUUUAUCUCCCAGUCCUAGACAUGUUGCAUCGUUUCUGCUGCUAUUCGCCACAUUAUCAUGAUGAGAAAAAUACUGACGUUUAUCGCGUAUAAUUGUCAAAAUAACAAUAACAUAUAGUUACAAGUCUUAAACUUCUUUUGAAUCUCCUACAGCCAAGACUUUAAAACUACUUUCACCCCUGACCUCGGCAGCUUUUGAGUUUAUUUUACAAAGAAAAGAGAUGAUCGAAGUUUUCAAAGAAAUGCCUAUAAAUAAACCCAUGUACGUCCAGAAUUAUUAUUUCAUCACAAGUUGCCAAAUAACCAUAAGUGUGCCGAGAUGCGUCUGAGCACGUCAUAAAGGCUGCGGUUCCCCUCCAAUCUGAUGGGGGGAAGAUCUUCAGACGCAACUCUAACAAAAGUCGAGAAGAGAACCAGGAACAGCGGAUCUGGACGCUCUCAGCCAUGGGUCACUUAUUACCCUAUUUAGUCCAUCUGUUUCUCUUUGCGUCAAACGUUUACGGCUCCAACAUAUGCACAUCUCGUGGAGUCACCACUUGUCAAGAAUGUCUUGUUGUUCAUCCUAGCUGUGCAUGGUGCUCUGAUGAGGUGUUUGGGAUUGGAAGAUCCAGUUUAUCUCGCUGUGACCUCAAAGAAAACCUUGUUAAAGAAGGGUGCAGCGCUGCAGCUAUAGAGUUUCCCACCAGCACCUUGGACAUUCAACAGAACAAUCCUCUCAGUGACAAGGCUUCGUCUACAGCUGUUGUAACUCAAAUCAGGCCUCAGAAACUCCGCCUGGCAUUAAGGAUUGGUGACACCAAGCGGUUCACAGUGGCUGUGAAACAGGUGGAGGAUUACCCCGUGGACCUCUACUACUUGAUGGAUCUCUCAUAUUCAAUGAAAGAUGAUCUUUUAAAAUUGCAAACCCUGGGCAACAAGCUUGCUGAAACAAUGGGCAAAACUACCAGUAAACUGCACAUGGGAUUUGGUGCAUUUGUGGACAAGACCACUUACCCUUACAUGAUUACCUACCCUAAGGAGGCAAUUAAAAAUCCUUGCAUUGGAAUUAACGACCAAUGCCAGGCUCAGUUUAGUUUCAAGAACGUGUUGUCGCUGACAGAGAAGGUGUCUCGCUUCACUGAGGAGGUCCAGAAACAGAAGGUGUCCAGAAAUAGGGAUGGUCCAGAGGGGGGAUUUGAGGCUAUCAUGCAAGCAAUGGUGUGCAAGGACAAGAUCGGAUGGCGUCCAGAUGCCUCACAUCUUCUGGUGUUGACCACCGACGCCAAAUCUCACCUGGCCCUGGACGGACGCAUAGCUGGCAUCGUUCAGCCCAACGAUGGAGAGUGUCACCUCGACGACAACAAUUAUUUCAACGAAUCCACUGUGCUGGACUAUCCUUCCUUGGGCCUAAUAACAGAUAAGUUGUCUGAAAACAACAUCAAUUUAAUUUUUGCUGUGACCAGUAAUGUCGUACCUCUUUACCAGGAAUACAGUCAGCUGAUUCCUGGCACAACUGUGGGAACGCUAUCUGUUGACUCUGGGAAUGUCAUUCAGCUGAUUACAGAUGCCUAUGAGAAAAUUCGCUCUAAAGUGGCGCUGGAGGUUUUGGGAGUCCCAGAGGAGUUGGAUCUCUCGUUUAGUGCUUCUUGCCUCAAUGGAGAGGUGAUUCGUGGACUCAGCUCCUGCUCUGGUUUGAAGAUCGGGGACACAGUGUCUUUCACUGUGGAUGCUCAGCUCCGCAGCUGCCCCAAAGAGAAGAGCCGCACUUUUACCAUCAAACCUCUGGGCUUCAAGGAUUCGCUGGAGGUGACAGUAGACUUUGCUUGUAGCUGUGACUGUGAGGCCAAGGCAGUACCCAACAGUCCAGUGUGCAGCAAUGGCAACGGGACUUAUGAGUGUGGAGUUUGCCAGUGUCACCAGGGCCGACUGGGUUCGCUCUGCGAGUGUUCGCAGGAGGAAUAUCAUCCGGCCGACGAUGCCAACUGCCUCCCAAAUUCUAACAGCUCGAUAUGCAAUGGGAGAGGAGACUGCUUAUGUGGACAGUGCUCCUGCCACUCAGAUGGGUCUGGUCAGAUCUGGGGAAAGUACUGCGAAUGUGACGAUUUCAACUGUUUGCACUUCAAAGGAGCUCUUUGCUCUGAUCACGGGAAGUGCAACUGUGGGUUCUGCCAGUGCGACGCUGGCUGGAAAGGAGACAACUGUAACUGCACCACCCGCACAGACACCUGCGUGUCCAGCUCAGGGCUGCUGUGCAGCGGCCGGGGUAACUGCGAGUGCGGGGUUUGUCAGUGCACUCAACCCGGCGCCUUCGGAGACACGUGUGACAGGUGCCCCACCUGCCCUGACGCCUGCACGAUAAAGAAGCAGUGUGUUGAGUGUCAGCAUUUCAAAAGAGGACAAUACAUCAGUGACAACAGCUGCAACAGAAUCUGCAAAAAUGAAAUUCAAAUUGUGGACCAGCUGAGUCAGAAAAUGGAUGGGAAUGUGGAAUUCCAACAACACACUGCGGUGAACUGCUCCUACAAAGACGAGAACGACUGCAUCGUGCGCUUCCAGUAUUAUGAAGACAAAACUGGCAAAUCUAUCCUGUAUGUGGUGAAAGAGCCAGAGUGUCCCGAGGGUCCUGACAUCCUAGUGGUGCUCUUGGCGGUGGCCGGGGCCAUUCUGCUCUUGGGUCUUGUUGGUUUGCUCAUCUGGAAGCUGCUGGUUACCAUCCAUGAUCGCAAAGAGUAUGCCAAGUUUGAGGAGGAGAGAUCCAAAGCCAAAUGGGAUACGGGUAACAAUCCUUUGUACAAAGGAGCCACUUCCACUUUUACCAAUAUAGCGUACAGAGGAAACUAAGGUCCGGAUCCGGCGAGGAAAUAAUUCAGGGGUUGACGACGUUGAUGGAAUGGGAGGAAGAUCUUUUACACUGUCAUUAGACCGGCUACUGAUGUGUUGCUGUCAACAGUUCAACGUGAUGAUUCUUCACAAUGUAAAACAUUACAAACUAUUAAUAUGAGUCACAAGCUGUUUGCUCUAAGGCUUUUUGGUUUUUAGAAGGGUAAGUUUUCUGCAUAUUUUAUAAGGACUAUGUUAAACUCAAGCUUUCAAGUUGCACUUAAGUGAACUGCUGUUUAAAUUUUCCAACAUGUGUGUUUAUUUUUAGGAAGGUGUUUUCAUCUCUACUGUAGUUUUUAGGAGUUUUUUUGUACUUCUGUUGUGAAAAUUGUUGUUGGGCAAAUUGAAUGUAAAACUGCGAUGUUUAAUUAUUAAACCUCGUUUCUGUUGCAUUUAUGUAUUUGGCUUACACUGAUGCCUGGGGUAUGGAUUGUAUUAUAAAUAUAAACCAGUGGUGGUGCAUCAUUCAUGCAUGAACAGCUUUUUUUUUUUCUUUUUUUUUUUUAUUAUGUUUUGCGUUUGCACAAAUGCGUUGCUCAGCGCAUUUUAAAUUUAUAUUAUAUUUAGUAUUUGGGCGUUUUACAUUUUUUAAAGUUUAUAUUUAAAGAGCCUUUGGGUAAUUUAAAUGGGACGUAAUGCUACAAUCUCUGGUGCAUUUUGGUUUCAUGUCUGUCCUUUGCACAAUUGAAACUGCUUUCUCACUGAUGCUUUUUCACUGAUGUUUGACAAGAGUUUUUGUUACAUUUAGGAAACUUGUAGCAUUUUGUGACUCAUAAGAUGUUCUUUCUAAAAUGUCAGAGAGAUUUUUUAAGGAUCAAACACUAGAUGAUCUUUAAGACUCAUAUUUGUCAUCCACAGCGUCUUAGAAAAGAAAUAGUCAGAUUCUGUUUGUUUACUUAGUACCAAUAAAUGCUUUUGGGGAAUUCUGAAAA